CGGCGGCCUCAGCUGGAGGGAGUCGGGGCGGCCGAGACGCAGACGCCUGCUGUGCGCCGAGCGGCGAUGAGCACCCCAGCCGUGCCCUGCGAUCUGCAGCUGCCCCCGAGUCAGAGGGUCCAGUCCGCGUUCAGAGAACAAAGAAGACAAAAACUCAAGGAGCAUCUGUUAAAAAGAAAAACUUUUUUUGCAUCCAAACAGGAAAAUCGGAUAUUAUUCAGUUAUAGAGACCAGAAGGUGAUGACAUCUGAGGGCCAGGUCCGAGAAGGGACAACAGCUCUGAAACUUAAAACAAAAAUGGCUGAUAAAGAAAAUGUCAGUGGACCCACAGGGAACAAAAAUAAUAUAACAAUGGAAAAAAAUUGUACUCCUUUAAAACCUUCUAAUGAAUUAACCAAUUCAACUAUAGCAACUGAUUCACAUAAUUUUGAGAGUAAUAAUCAAACUCUGCAGUUGUUACCAGUUAAAGAUGAUACCCAAAGUCAACAUAUGACAUUAAGCCAAGCAUUUCACUUCAAAAACAAUAGUAAAAAGAAACAAAUGACUACAGAAAAACCAAAGCAAGAUGCUAACAUGCCCAAGAAACAUGUGCUUGGAUCUUAUCGUGGCCAGAUUGUUCAGUCUAAGAUUAAUUCAUUUAGAAAACCUCUGCAAGCCAAAGAUGUGAGUUCUGCAACGACAAAGGAGCGUACAGCUACUGCCUCUGAAGCUGCUAAGCCGCAGCCUGUCGGCACCAGCAGUGUCCCAGUGAACAGUGGUAAAGCCUCAAAGCUGAUGACCACCACUAAGCUUGUGAACACUGCAUCCCAGAGCACACAACUUGUGCGACCUCCUCUUAGAAGUCGCCAUGAUGAUACCCAGAACACCAUGAGACAAGGCAUCAGUAGAACCUCUGCCAAUGUUACCUUUCAGAAAGGGCCUCAUGAGAAAGAAUUAUUAAAACCAAAUACAGUUGUAUCCAGUGUCAAAACCAGUUCUUCUCAGGAUGUAAAAAGAAAUAAGACACUGCCAAGAAGCAUGACUUCUGAAAUGGUGGUCAGGCCUGCUUCAUCUUCCAAUAUGAAACCGAUAGAAAAGUCAAAAACCACUGACCAGCGCAGACAUACUAUAGCAAAAGCAGCUGUUGAUAGUAGAUCGACUCAGCCCAAAGAAACCGCAGAAGAGAGAAGAGCUCGUCUGAAUGAGUGGAAAGCUAGUAAAGGAAAAGUGCUGAAAAGGCCUCCCAGCUCAGUAGUUACCCAGCCUGAGCCCAGAGAACAAAGUGAAAGACCAGUUGGGUCCUUUUGGACUACCAUGGCAGAAGAAGAUGAGCAACGGUUAUUUACUGAGAAAGUAAACAAGACGUUUUCUGAAUGCCUAAACCUGAUUAAUGAGGGAUGCCCAAGAGAGGAAAUAUUGGUCACACUGAAUGACCUGAUUAAAAAUAUUCCAGAUGCCAAAAAACUUGUUAAAUAUUGGAUAUGCCUUGCACGUAUUGAACCGCUCACAAGUCCUAUUGAAAAUAUUAUCGCAAUCUAUGAGGAGGCCAUUCUGGCAGGAGCUCAGCCUAUGGAAGAGAUGCGACAUGCAAUUGCAGAUAUUCUAACAAUGAAGAGUCAAGAAAAAGUUAAAUUUGGAAAAAAUAUUGAAGAGGCUUGUGCAACCAAGGAACAAAUCCAAGAAGUCAACAUUGAUGAUAUAGAUGUUAAUCUAGAGUCAGGAAAACUGGAAAUGGAAAAUAGACAUCAUAGAAAUGUGGUGUUUCAAGAUUGUGAAAAAGAGCAAGGUGACAAAACAAAAGAUCCAACCAAUGAUGUUAAAACCCCCAAUACAGAAACGAGGGCGAGUUGCUUAAUUAAAUAUAAUGUGUCUGCUACGCCAUACUUGCAAAGUGUAAAAAAGAAGAUACAGUUUGAUGAAACAAAUUCCAUGUUUAAAGAGCUGAAGUUUCUAACACCAGUUAGACGUUCUCGACGUCUUCAAGAGAAGACUUCUAAAUUGCCGGAUAUGUUAAAGGACCAUUAUCCGUGUGUGUCUUCAUUGGAACAGUUAACAGAAUUGGGACGUGAAACUGAUGCUUUUGUAUGUCGCCCUAACGCAGCACUGUGCCGGAUGUACUCGGAGUCUGAAAUAACAGAAGAGAAAUAAAGCUACAAUAAGGAAUGGGGUUUUUGUUAUUCCUGCGGUAUUUCGUUUGUUUCUUGUGGCUUUGUAUGUCUCUUAGGUCAGGAGCUGGCCAAGUACCUAAGUAUUCAUGGCAGUGGGCUCUUACUAACAUUCACGUUAUAGCACGUGUUGCCUUCUGUGAGUCAGAAGGCUAAUCCUGCCUUGUCCAUCUCAACAAACUGAGUUUUUCUCUAAGAUACGUAAAUUUUGUCAACUAGUUUACCAUGUUUCUUAAAUAUAAACAAGUUUCAUCGUAAUAUUAGCUUAUUUACUCUACUUUUAGUAGUCCUAAAUUACAGAAAAAUUAUGUCAUUAAAUAUAAGUACAAUAAUGCUGCAUCAUCAGAAAAUGAGGGGUUCUAGAUAAAACUUAUAUUUUUGCAUGGCCAUGUUUUUAAAAUUUAUGAUAUACAUCCCUGGCUUUAAACAGAAUACUGACUUGUUUGCCUUUCCUUGAUUCUGGCUCAGUAUGAAAGUCAACAAUUGGAAUGCAUAGAGUAACUCCCUUUAAAUAUUGAAAGAGAGAAUUUAGCUUGCUUUUUCACCUAAUUCUUAUUACCCAGACUGCUGUGGUCUGUUGUGUCCCUUGGACUGCCUGUGGUUCUUCUCUGUCACUUUCCAUCUAUGCUGGUGAGUCUGCGUCUGUGGUUUCUUGGCCUCUUUCUUUUUGAUUGUAGCUAGGUCACUAAGGAGGAUAGUUAACUAAAUACCCCAUUUCUAAGAGAAGCUACUUUAUGGUAAGAAAAAAAAGGUGCCAAACUUAGUGGAUAUUCGAAACUUUAAAUCUGAGUUCCUUUCUUUAGUUCCUUUUGUAACUUGACUAAUCUAAAAUGUUAAAAUUUUAACUUCAUUGCUUCAUUUGAUAUAGUUUAUAGACUAUUAGAAUGGAGUUAUAGAAAGAAUAUAUAAUUAAUAAAUGUCAUUCUAGUUUAAGUAGUAUUUCUAAAAUAACUAACACUUAAAACUUCUUUCUUCCUUAUAAUAUAAAAACUUACUGUUAAAUCAUGUCCCCUGAAACAUGAUAGUUAUAUACAGUAAACAUUUCUCUUCUCCCCAGACAUAAAUACCACCAAUAAAAUUGUUGUAUAAGUCUCUGAACUAAUACUUAAAUGGCAUACAUCCUCUACCAGCUCUACAGUUGCAAAUAAGUAAUUGGUCAUUGUAAAGAAUUUUAGAUAGUUUUAAAACUGUGUAAUAUGAGUAUCGUUGAAAGUCACAUACUUAAUCUUGUGUAUAUUCAUUCAUUCCAUUUGUAUAAUAGCACCAAUCUUUGUUCUAUUUGUCGUCUCAUGUUCUAGAGAAUAGGAUUUUUCUUUUUUAAGCUGUGUACUUAAUAUGUAUACAAUAAAUUAAAAUAUCUGCA